AAAGCAAACUGAGUUGAAUACAGAAUUGUUCAGUAUCUUUCUCUUUUCCUCCCAACCCCAAAGAAGAAAAUGGCUCAACAUUCUCGUUCAAACAGCUUUCCUUCUAGAUCACACCCCCUUACUUCAGACGUUGAUGAGCAUUUAAGCAGAUUGGCAUCAUCUGAAUCUGCCUCAAUCUCAUCAUCUGCUUUAUCCCUAAAGCUCAAUGGCCUUCAAGAUUUGCAUGAUUGUAUUGAGAAGCUGCUCCAACUGCCUCUCAACCAACAAGCUUUAGGCCUUGAGCAGAAUCAAAAAUAUGUUGAUGAGCUGCUUGAUGGAUCUAUCAGGCUCUUUGAUGUAUGUGCUAUUGUCAAGGAUUCCUUGUUGCAAACCAAGGAAUGCACACAGGAACUUCAAUCAGUUUUGCGCAGAAGGCAAGGAACUGAAAUCACUUAUGAGGUUAGGAAAUAUUUAGCCUCUAGGAAGGCGGUGAAAAAGGCAGUCUUGAAGGCCUUAAAGAAUUUGAAGAUCAAACAGAACAAAUACAGUGAAACCAGGGCAAUUAUGAACAUCCUCCAAGAGGCACAAGUGGUCACUCUCAAUGUGAUGGAAUCCUUGUUGCACUUCAUAUCUGGAUCAGAGGGACGAUCAAAAACAAGUCGCCUAGAGAAGAUGCCAUACAAUGGAAGGCAAGUUAGAGAAAAACAAUAUCAACUUCGAAACACCUUCUUGUUUCUCCACAAAGAAACAAUGGCUAUUGUUCCUCCAAACACCCAGACAAAGGAAUGCACGCAAGAACUCCAAUCCACUUUGCAUAGAAGACGAGGGGAUGAAAUGAGGCUAGUAAAUAAUGUCAGGAAAUACAUAAAAUUGAGGAAGGUAGUGAAAAAGGCAGUCCACAAGGCAUUAAAGAGUUUGAAGCAAAACUCUUCCUUGAACAAGGAUAGUGAGAUGGAAACCAUUUUUGGAACAUUACAAGAGGUUCCAGCAGCUACUAUGAUAGUGCUAGAGACCUUGUUGUCCUUUAUCUCUGAAAAAGAGGCAGAAUCAAAGUUCAGCAGCUGGUCAUUAGUUUCAAAGCUGAUUCACAACAAAAGAGUUGGAGGUGAGGAAGGAGAAUACGAAAAUGAAAUUGCCAAUGCUGAAGCUGCAGUCGUUUCCCUCUUGAGUUGCAAAACAAGCAAAAGUGAAAAUUUAGCGCAUAUUGAAGCCGCACAGCUAUAGCUGCAAAACUCAGAAAUGUGCAUUCAGGAUUUUGAAGAUGCAAUUGACUGUCUGUUUAGACAUUUGAUAAAAGUUAGAGUCACUGCUCUCAACUUCCUUACCCAGUAAACUUAAAUUCCAUGA